AUGGGAUUCACAUUGUUCAAGAAAAAGUCAAAGUCUCAGUUGAAGAAGCCUGGUUCGGCGGAGAAGAAGAAGGAAAUUUCACGGCCGCUUCAGCUGCCAUUCCCUAGCUCAGUAUCUUUGCACGACAUACGUGACUCCCUUAUCCAUCCGUUACCUGAUCUGCACACCCGCAGACGCUCGAAAAGCACCAGCUCAUCUGCUGGCAACCCCGACAAACAAUUCAAAGAGUCACCAGAGCUCUUCACUAAGGAAGCUGAUCCCUUUGCUCCACCUGUGCCCAAGAUACCAGCCAUCUAUCACGGCGGAGAGGCUUCAAUGAUGUCAUCCUCCAGCAACAGGGAUGAUAGCACGCAUAUAGAAUUCCAGUACAGAGACUCUCAAUCGUCCAGGCUCGGUCGUCCUAGUGGUGACAUCAAUUCAUUUUCCAAAACAGAGCCACCGAAGCGUCCACCACGUACUAGAAGGCCUAUUCCCUUUAUUGGAAUGUCCAACUUUCUCAAAAAGAGGUUGGAAUCAUACGAGAACGAGCGUGCUUCUCCACCGCCUCGCACUGCAAAGGUAUCUUUCACUCAAUCAAUCAAAGGACUUGGGAUGAGGAACAAAAGUUUAAGACACAGCGUGAGUGAUGAGUCAUUCGAGAGCGUUUCUAUCUAUUCAACGAUGCGCACAUCGCCUAUGCAAUCAGGACCACCACCUCGUCCAUCCCGAUUACCCCCCAAUCCACCUAUAUUGGGUAGGGGGAGAAGUUCGACAGUUUCAGGUGCACCACCGUUACAGGAGAGCCAAAUCAUCGAAGCACGCCUCAACAAUGCGUUAAAUACAGCUACUACUCGCAAGCGCUCAAACUCAAGCCCUUCAGUUAGAAAGGCGGAUAGUGGAGCGUCCAACAAGUACUCUUCACUUCACUCGAUCCCAUUCAGCUUGCAGGCUAUCAAAAUCGGUUCCUCUUCAUCUUCAAUCCCUAACGAAAGAUCGUCUUCUGGGAUUAGUGUAAAUGUUCGCAGCACUCCAGGUACACCAGACACUCGAAGCUUUGGAUCGUCGCCUUCUAAAGAGCACGCUACUCACAACGCAGCCGAUCAGACUGGCGAUACCAAAAAUGACAGCAUCAGUCAUGAAAACAACCAAAUGGUCAACAGUAGCACUCUGAGCAGCUUCAACGAUGGCAACAACAGCUUCGAUCCCUCUCAAUUUCUCAAUUCAUACACCAAAGACGACUCACUCACGUCGUUCGAACUCGAUAAGUCAGUCCUCAGCCCUAGCAGCUCUAAGAAGGAGCUCGACAAGUCGUCGCUGAUGGCUCUAGGUCCUAGCCCAAAUUCGAAGAAAUUUGGUUUCUUCGAGGGAAAAAGGUUUGAAUCGCCUAGAGAAGAUGAAGAGGUGAUCUCUAACGGCAGUAACGAUGUGCUCAACGUGUCUGAGUACGUUGAGGGACAUUGCACCAUUGGGAGUGAAUUCUUCAAGAGUGACCAAGACGCCAAGGACCGUUCAAAGAUAUUUUCCAGCUUGGAGGCCGUCAAGAAACACAUGUCAACUGACUCAUUUAACGAUGACUCUAAAAGCACGGAAGAUGGCUUCUCAGACACCUUUUCAAACUUCUCCUCCCCACCGCCGCUGCUUGACUUGAGACCACUCUCACCACUCAAAGUAAGCGAGUAUGAGGGCGAUGAGAGCAGCGAAGAUGCACUCGAUUACAGUCCAACAAGAAGUCCUUCGCAGCAGAUAUCAGGGUUGGUAUUGACAAGCAGUCCAAGUCGUGAUAGCUUGAGUACCGUCACUCCUUCUCAAUCACUUGAUGUCACCAAUGAUGAUUCUGAGAAAGUAGACAAGGUAGAUAACGAGAACUUGGAGCAGGCAGAGAACGUGAAGAUGGAUAAGGUAGAGAGUGACGAUAUCGAGAAGCCGGAAAGUCAAGACAUAACAAAGAUGGCGAAUCAAGACAUGCACAAGUUGGAGAAGGAUCUGGAAACGGAGAAAACUCUACGUGACUCAGUGUCAAUCUAUGAUGACGAUGAGGUCAAAGCUUUACAGAAGAAGAUAGCGGACAUGGCCAAGAAGCUUGAAGACAUGCGUCAAUCGGGAGGCUCUGCGUCCAUGCUUUCAUCGAAAUCAAAGGACAGCCUUCCACCAUCCUUUUCAUUCCAGCUCGAUCCCCGCGAUCGUCCAGAGCUAAACGACGGCGUGGAGCUCUUAGACACAGACAAAACGCCUCCACAAGAAAUCGCACUGCCCGCUGUUGGUCCCGACGAAAUUGAGCUACCGGAGUCCCCUCUCGAUAGCAUCACCUGUGAAAGGAGUCAGAAGCCAGCAUCAGCAGCACCAACAGUACCAGAAACAGUGCAAACACAAACUGGGAAUCAUAUUAAAAAUUGCAGUGUUAAUGGCUCAAUAGACGAUCGCACUACAAGGUCAACAUUCCAUGUCACCAACGCUUCAAACUCGUCGCGUUCUUCUCAGGAAGAGGAGGAUAUGGUGGAAGACAACAAGGUGAUACAUAUCUCUCCGGAAUCACAGAAGAAGCUCCAGACACAGCUGCGCAGAAUAUCCGAGCAACCAGUGGCGGCUGAUCCACCCAAGCCAAAGGCUACUGAAGCAUCGCCAAAAGCCAAUCAGAAACCCGCCAAUGCUACCGCCAAACCACAAGCUCAGAAAAGAGCUGAAAUAUCGUCGCUCAGUUUGCGAGAUUGGAUGCCUACUCCGCUUUCUCCAAAGAUAGCGGAAGAGACGGAACCAUCGGACGAGCAACCAAAUAAUCGACGUAGAAGAAGAUUGAGGGAGGCUGAUAUGAACAUAGAUCACAGCGAGCCGAAAAUGAUUCACCCACCUCGAUUCUCGUCCUUUAAGGCCACUCCCAACGUCCUCUCGCAGGCUCAAGUGCUAGAAAAGAAAAAUAACGACAAAAACACGCGCAACACGUGGCUGAAACCAUCCAACUCUAUCUCGACGGUACCCAGAUCCACACCAUCGCCCUACAAGGAUGAGAAUAGGAGUCGGAGAAUCAGUCAGCAGCCAAUCGAUAACUCAGUGCUGCCUCAGCGAAACGCAAGCAAGGCCGCUAAGAGCAACACUAGCUGGCUGCAUACGAUGGAAAAUGAAUUUGACUCAAUACACGCCGAUCCCUCUGGUGAGAAGCGUCGCAGUGACCUUGAGCAGCAACAGAUAAGAGCCAGGAUGGCAAUGGAUGCGGCAUGGAAAGCAGCGCGUUCAUCUAGCGUCCCACCAGUCGAAGAGUAUGCACCUCGCAAGCAGAGUAAAGAAAGAAUUUCUUUACUUCUUCCUCAAAAGAAGGAAUUGGAGAAGAAGGCACUUCCAACACUUCCAUAUUCUGCACCAGCCCAGAAGACGUCGUUUGCGAGUGGAUUGGAAGGUGUACGCAAUAGAGAUUCGCAGCAUGUGCCAUCGCUCCCAUCGAUGAAGUCGUUUAGAGCAUCGAUAGAGGCGCCACAGCACAACUCGCGUACGACUCAAUAUGACCGACGUAUUAACGCAGCAGUAGAGAGUAGUCUGGGAUCUUUUAAUUCCAAAUCGAUGAACACGAUCAAGUCAGUGCCUCCUUCUGCAGCUAGCAACAGUACAAGGAAAGCACGUCCAACGAGAUUAGAUGAGUUAGGACCAAACAAGCAGUCAAGUUCAUUUGGAUAUUUCAACAAUAACUCAUUACAGACACCACCGUUGACGGCUACGUCUUCUGCAAGUAGUGUUGCUGGGUUUGAUAGUAUUAUGACACCACGCUCGUAUUCUCACAAAAGAGAAGCAUCUGCAUCGUCGAUGGAUUCCAUGUCGGCGCGCAGUGUGAGCUCGGAAGGGAGUGCGAAGCCAGCUUCAAAUCGCGUGUCGUAUUUACCACAAAGCAAAUCAGGGUAUAGUUUGAAAGGGGAAUCAGGGUACGGAUAUGCAAUUUGA